UGUCUGCUCCAGGUGAAGUAUUGGUCCACCUGACCGGCGCUCCUCUCCUCAGUCACAACCUGCAGAACAAACAGGCAUGGACUGAUAACUCACUGCGGUGAAAACAACAGAGACUGAAACGCCUGCCUGAUGGAUCCUGAGGUUUAGUCAAAGGGAAUUUCUCACUGCCACUGUGACAGAAACACAAGGAUCAUGCCGGCUCACCGCAGGGGAAGGAGCCUCUCUGAGGCCCUCACCCUGGAACAAUCAGACGAGGGAGGGCUGGUCAUUUCCAGCAUCAAGAAUGCCUCAGCCAAUCAGGGUCUGAAGGAAGGGGAUGAACUUUUGGGGGCAACAAUCAAUUUCGAUAAACUUUCAAAAGAGGAGGUGUUAAAAGUACUAAAGCUGAUGGAGCCGUUUGAUGACAAGGUCCAGGUCCUCACCAGGAGCAACCUGAGCUAAGAGUGUCGGAAACCUGGACCAGUGCGCCAAGAGUCCUGAGAUGAUGCUGCAGGAUUCCUACAGCAAACUCUACAAUGCCAGAAUCAAGAGAUUUAUGAGGGGUGAUGUGCCUGGUGCUGAGGAGGGCUAUGAGAACGGCGAGCCAACGGUAGCAGGCUCAUCCAAGGUCAGCCUAAAACAUGACAUGGGGUUGCCUCGCCUCGGAGUUGACUUUGGACUUCUGAAAACCAAGAGUCUGAGCAGAGAUCUUAAUGCUGAUUCAGAAUCCGAGGAUGUACCAUUUUCAGCUGGAGACGGCAGCAAUCUGAACCUUCCACCAUUGGGUCUAGGCUUGGGUGGGGCAGCUCUAAGCGGAGCUCAGGUACCAAGACUGAAAGUUGAUGCUAGAAAUACACAGCUUGAUUCUCCAGACUUCAGACUGUCCGGAACACAACCAGAAGGUCCAAAUGCAAAUGCUACAGCUGGUAUACAAGCACCAAACACUGACUUGACAAUGCCAAAUCUUGAAAGACCUCAUAUUGGACUGGAAGGCAAAGCUCCAGAAAUAGGAGGCUCAGAUGUUAGCACCCCUGAAAUGGGGAUAAACCUUAAUGGGGGAAAUAUCUCUGGUCCAUCCUUUAACACUGGUGUUCCCAAAGUGGGCAUUGAAGGAACAAACAGAGACUUCAAAAUGCCAAAAUUCAAAGUGCCUGACCUAGGUCUGUCUGGACCUUCUUUUAGUGGUCCAGAAGGUGAGAUCGAGACACCAGAUGUAAGAAUCCCAGAUGUCAAUCUCAAGUAUUCCAAGAAACUGAAAAAGCCAGAUCUAAAUGUGGACAAUCUUUCUGGUUACGUAGAAUCACCCAAGCUUAGGCUGUCUGGGAGAUCCCCUGACUUAGACCUAGAAAUGCCAGGUGUGAAUGCAUCACAACUUGAUCUAAAUGGACCACAUAUUGACAUGCCUUCAGGUGGAGUCAAAAUGUCACUUAACAAACCAAAGAUUGACUUUAAAUCUCCAGAUUUAGAUGUGGAUGCUCCAAAAGGUAAACUCACUAUGCCCAAAUUUGGGUUCUCAGGGAAACAUGACGCAGAUAUCAAAACACCUGACCUAAGUCUCAAAACACCAAAGAUAAAAGGUGGGAUUCAUGCAUCCGAUACAAGUCUACCCAAAGUGGACCUAAAAGGACCAAAUUUAGCCAUAGGGACUCCAUCAGCUAACAUUAAAGGGCCAUCUGGAAAGUACACGCCUCCUAAGUUUACAAUGCCCAAAUUUGAUUUACCAAACAUUAAAGUUCCAGAUUUUAAUGAAGACUUUCAGGGGCCAGAUGUACAGUUGGCUGCACCAGGUCUCAGAGCUGGAAUUGGAGACCCAAAUAUUGACUUAAAUGUACCUUCCGCUGACUGGGACAUUACAAGCCCAUCUGGAAAACUCAAAAUGCCAGGCUUUGGGCUGUCUGGGCCUAAAGUUAAAGGCCCUGAAUAUGAGUUAAAAACUCCAGACAUGGAUGUAUCUGUUCCCAAGUUUAAAGGGGGCAUCAGUUUGCCUAACGUUGAUCUCAAAGACCCAAAGCUAGACCUCAGUACCCCUGAUGUGGAUGUUGAUAUGCCUUCUGGUAAAUUUGACAUUGAUGCUCCCUCUGGCAAGCUUAAAAUGCCAAAAUUUAAGCUCUUUGGCACAUUGCCAAAGAAUAAAGAUGUGGAUAUCAAUGCAGGGAUGAAAACACCUGAAUUAUCUCUGAAAUCCCCAAAAAUAAAAGGUAUAGAUGCUCCUGAUGUAAGUGUACCAAACAUGGAUCUCAAAGCACCAAAUUUAGACCUCCAUGCCCCAGAUGUAAACAUUGGAUCACCAAAGGGGAAACUCACGAUGCCAAAGCUAAAAAUGCCCAACUUAGACCUGUCAGGUCCAAAGGGUGCAAACAUUAACGUAGAUGCAUCUUUAAACAGACCAGACCUGCCAUCAGGUGGGUUUGAUGUAGAUUUGUCUAAGCCAGAAUUUGACAUUGAUGCACCUUCACUUGAUCUGAAAGGCCCAAGAUCAAAACUGAAAAUGCCUGAUGCCGAUAUUGGAAGUCCAUCAGGAAAAUUGAAGAUGCCAGGUUUUACAAUGCCAGAUUUUGAUUUGUCAGGGCCAAAGAUGAAAGGGCUUGAUGGUGAGCUAAAGACUCCAGAUUUUGAUGUGAAUGCCCCUGAUAUGCAUGUUAAUGCUCCCUCAGGCAAAUUGAAAAUGCCUAAAUUUAAUCUUUCAGGCACAUUGCCAAAAGGACCAAAUAUGGACCUAAAUGCAGAUCUAAAAUCACCGGAUUUGAGCCUCAAAGCUCCAAAGAUAAAGGGUGGAAUCGAUGGCCCUGACUUGGACUUACCAGACAUGGACCUUAAAACUCCCAAGUUAGAUGUAAACACUCCAGAUCUCAACAUUGGCUCACCCAACGCAAAAUUAAAUAUGCCCAAAUUUAAGAUGCCCAAAUUUGGUUUUCCGGGCCUAAAAGGACCUGAGUUUAAGGGCGAUUUAGAUGGCCCAGAUUUUGAUAUAAAUGCACCCAAUGUCAAUCUCAAAGGUCCUAAAGCUGAUUUAGAAAUGCCAGAUGUCGAUAUUGCUGGUCCCUCUCGAAAAUUCAAAAAGCCAAACUUCAACAUGCCUGAUUUUGGGCUGUCAGGUCCAAAGUUAGAUGGCCCAAACUUGGACCUCAAAUCACCUAACCUAGAUAUCUCUGGUCCUGACCUCAGUGGUGGUAUAAAUGCACCAGACAUAAACAUGCCAAAGGUUGAUCUCAAAAGUCCCAAACUGGACCUCAAUGCCCCAAAUGUCAACUUAGACAUGCCAUCUGGUAAACUGAAAAUGCCAGAGCUUCAUGCUCCAGACUGGGAUGUUAAGGCUCCCUCAGGCAAAUUGAAAAUGCCUAAAUUUAAUCUUUCAGGCACAUUGCCAAAAGGACCAAAUAUGGACCUAAACGCGGAUCUUAAGUCACCAGAUUUUAAUCUGAAAGGUCCAAAGAUAAAGGGUGGAGUUGAUGGCCCUGACUUGGACUUACCAGACAUGGACCUUAAAACUCCCAAGUUAGAUGUAAACACUCCAGAUCUGAACAUUGGUUCACCCAAAGCAAAAUUUAAAAUGCCCAAAUUGAAAAUGCCUAAAUUUAGCCUUCCAAGCCUAAAAGGACCUGAAAUUGAUGGAAACUUAGAUGGCCCAGAUUUUGAUAUAAAUGCACCUAAUGUCAAUCUCAAAGGUCCCAAAGCGGACUUAGAUGUUGAUAUUGCUGGUCCAUCUGGAAAAUUUAAAAAGCCAAACUUCAACAUGCCUGAUUUCGGGCUUUCUGCUCCAAAGAUAGAUGGCCCAAAUUUGGACCUCAAAUCACCUAACCUAGAUAUUUCUGGUCCUGACCUCAGUGGUGGAAUAAAUGCACCAGACAUAAACAUGCCAAAGGUUGAUCUCAGAAGCCCAAAACUGGACCUCAAUGCCCCAAAUGUCAACUUAGACAUGCCAUCUGGUAAACUGAAAAUGCCAGAGCUUCAUGCUCCAGACUGGGAUGUUAAGGCUCCCUCAGGCAAAUUGAAAAUGCCUAAAUUUAAUCUUUCAGGCACAUUGCCAAAAGGACCAAAUAUGGACCUAAACGCGGAUCUUAAGUCACCAGAUUUUAAUCUGAAAGGUCCAAAGAUAAAGGGUGGAGUUGAUGGCCCUGACUUGGACUUACCAGACAUGGACCUAAAAGCUCCAAAGUUAGAUGUAAACACUCCAGAUCUGAACAUUGGUUCACCCAAAGCAAAAUUUAAAAUGCCCAAAUUGAAAAUGCCUAAAUUUAGCCUUCCAAGCCUAAAAGGACCUGAAAUUGAUGGAAACUUAGAUGGCCCAGAUUUUGAUAUAAAUGCACCUAAUGUCAAUCUCAAAGGUCCCAAAGCGGACUUAGAUGUUGAUAUUGCUGGUCCAUCUGGAAAAUUUAAAAAGCCAAACUUCAACAUGCCUGAUUUCGGGCUUUCUGCUCCAAAGAUAGAUGGCCCAAAUUUGGACCUCAAAUCACCUAACCUAGAUAUUUCUGGUCCUGACCUCAGUGGUGGAAUAAAUGCACCAGACAUAAACAUGCCAAAGGUUGAUCUCAGAAGCCCAAAACUGGACCUCAAUGCCCCAAAUGUCAACUUAGACAUGCCAUCUGGUAAACUGAAAAUGCCAGAGCUUCAUGCUCCAGACUGGGAUGUUAAGGCUCCCUCAGGCAAAUUGAAAAUGCCUAAAUUUAAUCUUUCAGGCACAUUGCCAAAAGGACCAAAUAUGGACCUAAACGCAGAUCUUAAGUCACCAGAUUUUAAUCUGAAAGGUCCAAAGAUAAAGGGUGGAGUUGAUGGCCCUGACUUGGACUUACCAGACAUGGACCUUAAAACUCCCAAGUUAGAUGUUAACACUCCAGAUCUGAACAUUGGUUCACCCAAAGCAAAAUUUAAAAUGCCCAAAUUGAAAAUGCCUAAAUUCAGCCUCCCAAGCCUAAAAGGACCUGAAAUUGAUGGAAACUUAGAUGGCCCGGAUUUUGAUAUAAAUGCACCUAAUGUCAAUCUCAAAGGUCCCAAAGCGGACUUAGAUGUUGAUAUUGCUGGUCCAUCUGGAAAAUUCAAAAAGCCAAACUUCAACAUGCCUGAUUUCGGGCUUUCUGCUCCAAAGAUAGAUGGCCCAAACUUGGACCUCAAAUCACCUAACCUAGAUAUUUCUGGUCCUGACCUCAGUGGUGGAAUAAAUGCACCAGACAUAAACAUGCCCAAGGUUGAUCUCAAAAGCCCCAAGCUGGACCUCAAUGCCCCAAAUGUCAAUUUAGACAUGCCAUCUGGUAAACUGAAAAUGCCAGAGCUUCAUGCUCCGGACUGGGAUGUUAAAGCUCCUUCAGGCAAAUUGAAAAUGCCUAAAUUUAAUCUUUCAGGCACAUUGCCAAAAGGACCAAAUAUGGACCUAAACGCAGAUCUUAAGUCACCAGAUUUUAAUCUGAAAGGUCCAAAGAUAAAGGGUGGAAUUGAUGCCCCUGACUUGGACUUACCAAACAUGGACCUUAAAGCUCCAAAGUUAGAUGUUAACACUCCAAAUGUCAACAUUGGCUCACCCAAAGCAAAAUUUAGAAUGCCCAAAUUGAAAAUGCCUCAAGUCAAUCUACCAAGCCUAAGAGGUCCUGACAUUGAUGGCAAUUUAGAUGGCCCAGACAUUGACAUCAAUGCCCCCAACAUCAACCUCAAAGGGUCCAGACCUGGCUUUGAAGUGCCAGAUGUUGAUUUUGGCAGCCCAUCUGGAAAAAUGAAAAAGCCACAUUUGAAAAUACCUGAUGUAGGAUUCUCAGGUCCAAAGUUAGAUGGCCCAGAUUUUGACUUGAAGUCACCACAUCUUAAUGCCAAGCUACCGAAAGGGCCAAAUUUGAACAUAAACUCAAACCUAAAAACUCCAGAUUUGAGUCUCAAAGCUCCAAAGGUUAGAGGUGGAAUCAAUGCCCCAAACUUGGACUUGCCAAAUGUGGAUCUUAAAGCUCCAAAGUUAGAUCUGAACACUCCAGAUGUCGACAUUGGUUUGCCUGAUGCAAAGCUCAAAAAGCCCAAAAUCAAAAUGCCAAAAGGGCCCAACUUUGAUAUAAAUGGAGAUCUACAGGGACCUGACCUAAAUAUUCCCAAUGUGGAUAUUAAUGGCCCUAAAGGAAAAUUAAAAAUGCCAAGUUUAAACACACCAGACCUCAGUCUCUCUGGACCUAAGGCAAAAAUACCAGACAUGAAUCUCUCAGCACCCAAACUGAAAGGCCCUGGUAUAAGUGCACCAGAUGUAAAUUUGCCUGAUGCCAGUUUCAAAGGUCCCAAGCUAGACCUCAAUGCCAAACAGCCUGAUCUAGGAAUAAAUGCUAACAUGGGCCGACCUGACAUGAACUUUACUGCACCUCAAGUCAAAGGAGGAAUAAGAGGUCCAGACUUUGACAUGAAUGUCCCAUCUGGAAACAUCCAGGGUCCUCAGACUGAUCUUGAUGUUGACAGAAAAUUCAAACUCCCGUCUUUUAAGCUGCCUCAGUUUGGAAGCCCAGAUCUGAAUGGGGCAGGGUCAGAUAUUGACUUUGGUGCAUCUUUGAGACCAUCAAAUUUGGAUUUUUCUCCUCCAAAUGCAAAAAUGAAUGUAAAACCACCAGAGUUGAGGGGGAAUAUAACAGGUCCAAAGGUUAGUGCGCCGAAUAUGGACCUCAACAUGCCUAAAGUGGCAAUGCGGAGUCCGCAGAUGCAUCUCAAAUCUCCAGAUCUUAACAUUGAUGAUCCUUCACUAAAUUUCAGAGGACCUUCUUAUAAGAAUCGCAAAUCAGACAUGACAGGUAUGAACAUGAAAAUGCCUGGUCUGGACUUAGAUGGAGAUGUCACACUUCGUCACACUGAUGGAAAGUCAGAUAGGGGCAAAGUAAGGUCCAGCUACCCGGUGGUGGAUGGUGGUUUUGGCCACCAUGCUGAUUUCAACCGUUUAGAUCUCAACAUUGAUGAUUUCACAGGAAAAGAUCAUGUGCUCAGAGCCAGAGGUUCAAAACCAGGCUUCCAGGCAUCUCAUAACCAUGGACAGGUGAUAGCCCCGUCAGGUGUUAAUACUGACAUGAGGGACCCCAGACACACCAGAAGAGUCCCAGCUGGUGAUUUAUAUUCAAAGCACCUGAGAACAGUGCAGCCUGUACCUAAUC